AAGGGGGGUAGUUGUGACAUGUUGAUCAACCUGGGUGUGCCUGUAGCCUGGGGUUGCUUAAGGCUUGUGGGCCAGGGGUUUUGAGCAGCACAGGAUCCUUGUAAGGCUCAAAGGAUGAUCUGAGGGGCCCAGUGGCAUGUGUAAAAGGGGCUGGGCCUUCCUGUCUGGAGGGUUGACGGACUGUGGUAGCUUGAGGAGGCAAUAGAAAGAGGCUCUGCGGCCCACUCCUGCAGACCCUUGAAGGUUUCCUCUCCAGGGGAUCAUAAAGGUUCCUUGCCAGAGGCUUCCACUCCCUCCAGACCACCCAGCUCAUCACUCACAGUUGUCUGAGGAGAAUGCGGAUGCUGGCUGCCUCCUGCGGGCGCUGCUGUGCCAAGAGGUGAUUCCAGGCCAGAAUGGGAGACUCCAGGGACCUUUGUCCUCACCUUGACUCCAUAGGGGAAGUGACCAAGGAGGACUUGCUGCUCAAAUCUAAGGGAACGUGUCAGUCAUGUGGUGUCAGCGGGCCCAACCUGUGGGCCUGUCUCCAGGUCGCCUGCCCCUAUGUUGGCUGCGGAGAAUCCUUUGCUGACCAUAGCACCAUUCAUGCCCAGGCCAAAAACCACAACUUGACAGUGAACCUGACCACGUUCCGGGUGUGGUGUUAUGCCUGUGAAAAGGAAGUGUUCCUGGAGCAUCGGCAGGCGGCCCCCCUGCCAGGCUCCUUGCCCAAGUUCUCAGAGCAGGACUCUCCGCCACCCUGCCACCCUCUGAAAGCUGUCCCUAUUGCUGUGGCUGACGAGGGAGAGUCUGAGUCAGAGGACGAUGACCUGAAACCUCGAGGCCUCACAGGCAUGAAGAACGUUGGGAAUUCUUGCUACAUGAAUGCUGCCCUGCAGGCCCUGUCCAACUGCCCUCCACUGACCCAGUUCUUCUUGGAGUGUGGAGGCCUGGUGCGCACAGACAAGAAGCCAGCCCUGUGCAAGAGUUACCAGAAGCUGGUCUCUGAGGUCUGGCACAAGAAACGGCCAAGCUACGUGAUCCCCACCAGCCUGUCUCACGGGAUCAAGUUGGUCAACCCAAUGUUCCGAGGCUAUGCCCAGCAGGACACCCAGGAGUUCCUGCGCUGCCUUAUGGAUCAGCUGCAUGAAGAGCUCAAGGAGCCAGUGGUGCCAGCGGUGGCAGCACUAACAGAGGCUCGGGACUCGGACUCAAGCGACACAGAUGAGAAACGGGAGGGCGACCGGAGCCCAUCAGAGGACGAGUUCCUGUCCUGUGAUUCAAACAGCGACCGGGGUGAGGGUGAUGGGCAGAGUCAUGGCGGGGGCACUUCGCAGGCCGAGACAGAGCUGCUGAUUCCAGACGAGGCAGGCCGCGCCAUCUCCGAGAAGGAGCGGAUGAAGGACCGCAAGUUCUCCUGGGGCCAGCAGCGCACGAACUCAGAGCAAGUGGACGAGGAUGCUGAUGUGGACACCGCCAUGGCCACCCUUUACAACCAGCCCACGGAGUCUCAGCCACCAUCACCACGGUCCCCCAGCCCCUGCCGGACACCAGAGCCAGACAAUGAUGCCCACCUACGCAGCUCCUCUCGCCCCUGCAGCCCUGUCCACUACCGCGAGGGCCAUGCCAAGCUGUCCAGUAGCCCUCCUCGUGCCAGCCCCGUGAGGAUGGGGCCAUCGUAUGUGCUCAAGAAAGCCCAGGUACUGAGCACUGGGAGCCGGAGGCGGAAGGAGCAGCGCUACCGCAGUGUCAUCUCGGACAUCUUCGACGGCUCCAUCCUCAGCCUCGUGCAGUGUCUCACCUGUGACCGGGUGUCCACCACAGUUGAGACAUUCCAGGACUUGUCACUACCCAUUCCUGGCAAGGAGGAUUUGGCCAAGCUCCACUCGGCCAUCUACCAGAACGUGCCAGCCAAGCCUGGCGCCUGUGGGGACAGUUACACCGCCCAGGGCUGGCUGGCCUUCAUUGUGGAGUACAUCCGACGGUUUGUGGUGUCCUGUACCCCCAGCUGGUUUUGGGGGCCUGUAGUCACCCUGGAAGACUGCCUUGCUGCCUUUUUUGCUGCUGAUGAGCUGAAGGGUGACAACAUGUACAGCUGUGAGCGGUGUAAGAAGCUGCGCAACGGCGUGAAGUACUGUAAGGUCCUGCGGCUGCCUGAGAUCCUGUGCAUUCACCUGAAGCGCUUUCGGCACGAGGUGAUGUACUCCUUCAAGAUCAGCAGCCAUGUCUCCUUCCCCCUCGAGGGACUUGACCUGCGCCCCUUCCUUGCCAAGGAGUGCACGUCCCAGAUCACCACCUACGACCUGCUCUCAGUCAUCUGCCACCACGGCACGGCAGGCAGUGGGCACUACGUUGCCUACUGCCAGAAUGUGAUCAAUGGGCAGUGGUACGAGUUUGACGACCAGUACGUCACUGAGGUCCACGAGACCGUGGUGCAGAACGCUGAGGCCUAUGUGCUCUUCUACAGGAAGAGCAGUGAGGAGGCCGUGCGGGAGCGGCAGCAGGUGGUGUCCCUGGCCGCCAUGCGGGAGCCCAGCCUUCUGCGGUUCUACGUGUCCCGCGAGUGGCUCAACAAGUUCAACACCUUCGCGGAGCCAGGGCCCAUCACCAACCACACCUUCCUCUGCUCCCAUGGAGGCAUCCCGCCCAAUAAGUACCACUACAUCGACGACCUGGUGGUCAUCCUACCCCAGAACGUCUGGGAGCAUCUCUACAACAGGUUUGGGGGCGGCCCCGCCGUGAACCAUCUGUACGUGUGCUCCAUCUGCCAGGUGGAGAUCGAGGCACUGGCUAAGCGCAGGAGGAUUGAGAUCGACACCUUCAUUAAGCUGAACAAGGCGUUCCAGGCUGAGGAGUCGCCAGGUGUCAUCUACUGCAUCAGCAUGCAGUGGUUCCGUGAGUGGGAAGCCUUCGUCAAGGGGAAGGACAAUGAGCCCCCCGGGCCCAUUGACAACAGCAGGAUCGUGCAGGUCAAAGGAAGUGGCCACGUCCAACUGAAGCAGGGAGCUGACUACGGGCAGAUUUCCGAAGAGACCUGGAUUUACCUGAACAACCUGUAUGGAGGUGGCCCCGAGAUCGCCAUCCGACAGAGCGUGGCCCAGCUCCAGGACAUGGAGAACCUGCAUGGGGAGCAGAAAAUCGAAGCUGAGACCCGGGCUGUGUGACAUGGGGGGCCAGUCUGUGAGUCACCUGGCUGGGUCCCCUCCUCCCUCUCCAGAGACCCUCUUGUGUCCUUCUGCGUGUCCGAAGAGCGUGUCCCUGAGCACACCUUCCACGAGGCUGCAAGGAAGAAGCCUGUCAGUGGCCUCGUCUUGCUGAGUGCCUGGGUGUUCCCACAGGGCCAGCAUCUGUCCCUCCUCCCUGCAGAGGCUGCACUUGUGCCCAGAAGAGAGGCCGCCGCUGGGGACACCCAGAUGUGUAAAGAGGCAGAACAGUGGGUUCGGUCACAGUGAGUAACGCUGCAGCUAGGAAAUACAUUCACUUCGGCUUUUUCAAUGA